CAGACAGCGUCGUGUAUCCUGAAAAAGAGGGAGGAACUUAGCUUAGACCUUUGCAGAAGGCCCCGUGGCUCCUGAUAUCAACUACAAUCAACAAGGUGCCUCCUAUUGUCUCACCUGGAAGAAAUUUCCUUAAAAGAAAUGAAAAUAUUAUUUUGUUGCUGGAAAUCCUUAACACUUUAACUUGCCACAAGACACAGAAUGUGACUGAAGGUCAGAGUCCGCAGUUACUAGAGAUGACCUUACUAGCACAUUUUCAUAUGACAUGAAGACUGUAUUGGGCUUCCCUUUUGACCACAUCCGGUGCAGUGUUCAAGAAGUGAGGAAUGAUGGAUACUGAGCCCAGAAUGGCAGAGUUGGCAGAGGAACAGACAUCUCCAGGGGCUGUGUGUCAUUCGGUUAUCUUCUUCUGCUCCAAAGGAAUGAUUGAGGGUGUGGUUGUGUUCCUCUUCAUUUGGCUACUGAUUCAGGUCCUCCUCAAUAAACAUCAGGAAGUCCACUUGCAGGUGCUGCUGGGAGCUGGUCUGGCACUUCUGUGCUUCUGCCUGCUGCUUGGCUGCGCCAUCUGUUGGCACAAGAGCCGCAAGCCACAAUCUUCAGCCAGCAAUGAUGAUGGAGACAAGGGCUGUACACAGCAGUGUAACAGGGACAUGGAGUUGACAUCUGACAGUUUUGCAAAGCCUAUUAAUGUUACUACGCAUCAACAAUAUCAAACUCUGGACAUUACCCCAAAAAGUGGGGGUGAAGGAUUACCGGCACAGUCCCAACAGGAACUGAACUGCCUUUCUGAGAGGAAUCAUUCUGUUAGAGCAUCUCUGCCCAGUCUCUACCAACUAUCAUCAAAGACUAAGCGUGCUUUGAAGCGUAGGAGUACAGUUAUGGGAGGAAGCUCACUAGAUGGGGAUCGUGCCAGGCUGGUGAGGAUGCCACAGUCUAGCACUGAGCCCAGUGGGUUAUCUUCUAUCAAACAAAAGUCUCGGUUACUUGUGCACUUUACUUUAUGUUACUCAUUGGCUGAUGAAAUGUUAACGGUUACUGUCACAGGAUUUUCCAAUCUGCCAAAACGAUUGUAUCAGAAAACAGGCUCUUUUGUCAGGGCCUUUCUCCUACCUGGAUUUAAGGAGCCACACUCUGAGACAGAGGAUUCAAAUGGCAUACAAAAGUUCACCUUCUUUGGAUAUAAACCAGAGGAUUUAGAGGACAAAACCCUGAGGCUAGCAGUAUAUGCCCGCAACAGAAGCUCAAUGAGGGAAGGCUUCAUUGGGGAAGUAUUUUUUUCCUGUGCCAGUUUGGACUGUUACUCUGAGGCCACUCCAGAGUUUACGAAAGAAUUGUCAAUAACAAAAACCAAGCUAAAGAAGAGUUUGAGCACUUUGGAUGUUAAUUCUUCUACCAUUUCCAGUCUUAUGGCACCUGGACAGAUAUUUAUCCUUCUACAACACCAAGUGUUAGCAAAUCGUAUCAAAGUCAUGGUACAGAAGGGAAAGAAUCUGGGCAAACUUACCCGUAUUCCUGGAGCCCCUGACCAUUUUGUCAGCAUUCGGUUGAUUCAGGAGAGCCAGGUGAUAGAUGCUAAAGAGACUCGGACAGCCUCAGGCUCCAAUCCAGUGUGGAAUGCCCCAUUCCUGUUUGAUGCUCCUCUUGAAUUUAUGCAAAGUCCUUAUCUGCACCUAGAAUUUUUAGUCAUGCAGGGGCGGAUUUACAAUCGUGCUCGUAUUCUUGGGCGUGUGCUAAUUGGUGCUGAGACCUCAGAAGCUGGCAUGGCUCACUGGCAGGAGAUGUGUAACAAAGCACCAGUGGAGUGUUCCCAUUGGCACACACUACAAUCCGAUGUGUUUUGACAUGUUAUUCUAUGGAAUCUGGAGAUGCAGGGAAUAAAACUAGCAGACCUGGCAAUAUUUAACCUUGUAAGCAAUGUGUGAAGAAAGGUAAAGAACUGAAUUACGUAAAGUUCUCAUGUACAAAACAAUCAGAAAAAUUGUUCUAAUAGAUAUGUUAUGAAACCAAAACAUUAUACACAAAAGCGAUAAUUGGGACACUUGAGACACUUUUAUGGAUGCAUAAAAUGAAUAAAAGAACUUUGGACGUACAGCUGUCAUGUUCUAAGAUGUGUCAGGACAAAUUGUAGAUAUAUGCAAUAAUAUAAAUCGAAUAUCACGUGUUUACAAAAUAAUGUAUUCCUUAUGUAUAGGGAUGAGCGAAUUGAAUCUGACGAAUCAUAAUUCGUUAUGAAUUUCAUGAAAAAUUUGAUUUGCAACGAAUGCGAAUAUCGCCGCGAUUUGAUCGCUUCGUUAAACUCCAUUUAGUGCGGUCAAGGAUCCAGGGCAUCUAAAAUGGUGGAUCCACAUGUGAGGACAUGGGGCAAGGAAUCCUGGGAAGGCGGGAACAAGGGUAGGCGGGAUGACCCUGAAUGCAGCAUGCAGCCUAUCAGCAGCCAGCCACCCCUGUGAUGUCACAGCCCUAUAUAAUCAGCAGACAUCUUGCGGCCAAUCACUUCAGCCUUUUAUUGCAGAGAGAUUGAGAGGGACAGACAGACCUGUGUGUUGCACAGAAAAGCAUUUUUCCCGCAGUGAUUCCCCUCCCAGUCACAUCAAUGUUCUGUUGCACAGAGAGAGGGACAGAGAGCAGUCUGUGUUGCACAGAAAAGCAUUUUUACAGCAGCGAUUCACCUCCCAGUCACUACAGCGUUCUAUUACAGAAAGGGACCGAGAGCAGUGUGUUGCACAGAGCAGCAGCGAUUCACCUUAAGCCCAAAUCCUGCCUAGAAGCACUGAUAGGGAAGGGAGUGAGAUUGAGAGAGAAAGUGUACUGAUGGUGUUGUACACAAAUACUGUUUUAAGUGUACUGGAGCGCAUUGUCCUACCCUCAUAAGUGCAUACCACAUACUUACAUUUAAGUGGUGUACUAUUUUGUUCUUCUUAAAGUCUUAAGAGCCCAGAUACUGUGAAAGGCCAGCCAAAAGUACACACCGGCUAUUGUUGUACACAAAUACUGUUUCAAGCAUACUGGAGCACCUUGUCCUCUUCUCAUAAGUGCAUUCCACAUACAUACAUCUAAGUGGUGUACUAUUUUGUUCCUGUUAAAGUCUUAAUUGCCUAGUUACUGUGAAAGGCCAGGAAAAUGUACACACCGGCUGGUGUUGUACACAAAUACUGUUUUAAGCGUAGAGGAGCGUAUUGUAUUCCUUUCAUAUACGCACUAUGUCAGGCAGAGAAGUGCCAGGACAUGCACAGAGAAGUGGCAGAGGCCUAAAUUUAUCAGACAGAAGUCGCAGCAGACUAGGGGCGAGUGGCAGCAGUCGCAGCGAGAGGCCUGAGCUCUCGGUAUCAGCUAGCGGUCAUGUCUCGACCAGCAACCCAUCUGCCGUCAUCGCUUGGUUAACACGGUCAUCCACUUCAUCACAAGUGACAGCUGGUGGGUUCCUCAGACACAACCCUCAGUUGGCAUGGCCCAGGAGCAGUCCCUGUACUCCCAUUGCCUCUGUCCUAUGCUGUUCCCUCCCCCACAGAAGUAUCUUAUGCUGUGGAUUCAGCUCCACUAUUUAGGGAGGACGAUCUAGAGAACAGUCAGCAGCUACUUCCCAGCCAAGAAGUGGAGGAGACAUCUGCUGCUUCCUCCGCUAGGCAGGCAAGUAGUGCUGAGGAGAGUGGCAUGGGAGGUGGUGUUGCGAGCGUUCAGGCUCCUGAAGCAGACACUGUUGAGGAACCUGAGGAGGACAUCAGUGACGUGCAGACACAACUCGAUGAUGAUGAAGCUAAUCGCACUUGGGAGCCAGGUGCAAAAGGGGCUUCAUCAUCAUCAGGAGAAGAGGGUUGCAGAUUGCCCGUGAGGCAGCAGCUGAGCCAGCAAGGUGGUAGCAUGGUUGUCAGUCAGCAUGGUGGCAGAAGUGGAAAGUCUGGAGCCAAACGUGCCUGGGGUAGAUCACCUGCUUUGCGGCAGCCUACCUUCCUGGGAGGUAGUGAAACAGGGGUUCCUGGAGUUGGCGGCAGGAGCAGUCAAUCAGUGCAGACUGUUGAUGGGAAAAUCAGCUACUCGGCGGUGUGGCAGUUUUUCAUCAAGCAUCCGGAGGAGGUUAACAUGGCCACAUGCAAGAUGUGUCGGCAGGUGAAGUGUGGCUAGGGUCCCAAUGUUGGCACCAUGGCCCUGCAUCAACAUAUGCAGCAUCACCAUAAAGUGGCCUGGGAGAACCAUGGCUCCAAUGUGGUCGUCCAGCCUGCUGCAUCACCCAGCGGCAUACUGCUCCCUGUUUCAGCCAGCCAAGGCUCCACCACCUCAGCCGAAGGGAGCUGUGUGUCAUACCCAUCUUCUGUGGCUCCAGAUGCUUCUGCUCCUCCUACUUUGAGUCAUUCCGCCAGCAAUCCAUCCGCGAAGCCCUGUCCAAAAGACAACAGUAUGCGGCCACUCCAAUGGCGCAGAAGCUGAAUGUGCUCCUGUCCAAGUUGCUGGUGCUGCAGUCCCUCCCUUUUCAAGUGGUGGACUCUGCACCUUUCAGAGAACUGAUGGCUUGUGCCAAGCCGAGGUGGAGAGUGCCAAGCCGUCAUUUCUUUGUGAAGAGGGCAGUACCAGCCCUGCACAAUUUUGUGGAACAGGAUGUGGGCCAGUCCUUGAGCCUGUCGGUGUGUUCCAAAGUGCACGGCAGCGCCGACGUAUGGAGCUGUAACUAUGGUCAGGGACAAUACAUGUCCUUUACGGCCCACUGGGUGAAUGUGGUUCCUGCACAGCCACAACAGCAACUUGGACAGGUCACGCCGCUUUCGCCUCCACACUCCGUUGGUCCUGUGACAGUGUGCGACUCCGCCUCCUCAUCCUCCACCGUGUCCUCAGUCUCCCCUGCAUGGACAAGUCUCAGUGUUCCUUCAGCAUACCAUGUGUGCAGGGCACAGCGGUGUCACGUUGUUCUUCACAUGGUUUGCCUUGGCGAACGGAGUCACACAGGGUAGGAACUGCUAAAAGUCAUUCAUGAAGAAAUCGAAUCAUGGCUUACUCCACGCAAACUGGAAAUGGGAACCACGGUGACCUACAAUGGGAAGGAUAUCUGGUCUGCGCUGCGACAAGGAAGCCUGAGGCAUGCACCCUGCAUGGCACACGUGUUCAAUCUGGUGGUCAAGCGGUUUCUGAAGUGUUCCCCCCAUCUGCAAGACAUCGUAACAAUGGGAAGGAAACUUUGCAUGCACUUCUGCCACUUGUACACCGCAAAGCACACCCUCCUUGAGCUGCAGCAUCAGAACGGCAUCCCCCAACAUAGUCUGAUUUGCAACGUUUCCACACUUUGGAAUUCCACCCUCCAUAUGUUGGACCGACUAUACAAACAGAGAAAAGCCAUAACCGAUUUCUUGAUGAUCCAAGCGGAUAGGGGGACUCCCCUGUGUAAAUUCAAUGUCAACCAUUGGCAGGUCAUACGUGGCACCUGCUGUUUGUUCAGGCCCUUUGAGGAAGCCACAUUAUUAGUCAGUCGCCAGGAUUACUGGAUGAACAAUAUCAUUCCACUGCUUCAUCUACUACAACAUGUGUUUGAAACAAUGGCUGCUCAGGGCACUGGAGACAUGGCGCCUACAUCUCAGGGCCACAUGAGCCCUGUGGGGGCUGAACUAGAGGAGGAGGGGAAGGGGCACAGUUUAGGUUUCACGAGAUGGGCGGUUUUUCUAGUCAUCGGACAGGAGAGGAGGAGCAGGAGCAGCUAGAGGAGCUAGAGGGGUAUGAGGAAGGCGAGACAGAGGACCCAGACACACCUUGGCAGUAUGCAGUGGAGAUGGAGUCAGGGAGUCCCUCCGAGUCACUUGCAAAAAUGGCAUGAUGCAUGCUCACUUGCUUGCGUAGUGACCGCUGAAUUGUUACCAUUCAGCAGCGGGAUGACUUCUGGUUCUCCACCUUAUUGGACCCUCGCUACCUGCACAAAAUGGGGGCCUUUUUUACACCCACUGAGAGUGAGGACAAAGUGACCUACUACAGAGACAUCCUACGUAGUCAGUUGGCCGAUGCCUAUCUGCGCCAUCGUCCAUACUCUCGCAGGUCUGAUUCAGGGGGCCCCCUGCGCUCACCUUCCACUGCCAUGGCUGCUGGGGAGGGGUGGGGUGGCAGGAGCAGUACUAGCUCCAUCAGCAGCAGCCUGAGUCUACAGUCGCUGAUGAGUAGCUUUCCUCACCCGCAUAGUGAAGCAACUCAUCAUCAGCAGGUAGACCUGGAGCAGGACCUGAACCAGCAGGUGGUGGCAUACCUUGACGUGACCAUGCCAACACACCAUGAACACCCGCUUGACAUCUGGGCAGCCAAACUUGAUUUGUGGCCGCAGAGUUUUCCCUGGAAAAGCUGUCCUGCCCGGCCAGUAGUGUGCCAUCAGAGUGGGUGUUUAGUGCGGCGGGGGCCAUAGUAACCCCAAGGAAAACUCGUCUGUCCACAAAAAAUGUGGAGAGAAUGACCUUUGUGAAGAUGAAUCAGGCAUGGAUCAGCCAGGAUUUCCACCCACCAAUGCCUGAUGCAUCAGAGUAGAUUGACCAUGGUGCCCUACCAACACUUCACAAAUAUGGAUAGUGCUAAACAUUUUUAAGGCGCUGCUCCCCGGUUUCAGACAUUCCUCUGCAUCAGACCACAAGUAAGUAUUAAGCAUAUACAUUACGUAAAACUUAACUUUUAAUAUUCCUAGGGUAAAAUAUAUGUACCCAUUUUUUUUUAAAAUCAAACAAAAGGAAAGGUGUGCAAUAAACACCAUGUGCCACCUACAACCACCAAGUAUUGAUUUGAUGCAAAGAUCUCUAAAAGGUGGAA